GGCCGAGCUGCUGCUAGCCUGCUGCUCCCCGUCUGUCUGUCUCUCAGGCGUAUAUAUGUACUGUACAGACUGACUGUAUCUCUGCAUGGGACUGUAGGAGGGGGCAGGGCUAAGGGCACAUACUCGCUGCCAACCGACCAAUGGUAUGUGUGCUUAUACACAGUAUGGCCACCUUCCUGUUGUUCUGAUCGUCGGCCCAAAUGAAUGGAAGAACCAGAACAUCAGGAAGUGAGUAGGGACUGCGGCUUUUUGUUACUUUGCCCGUGUUGGUGCAGCGUGCGCGUCGUGGGGCAUCAGCUGGGGACACUUUCACAUAUAUCCAAUCGGAUGGCCCCUUAUCCUGACACUGUACUGCCUCAAGCCCGGGUAUAUACUGUACCUACAUACACACACCGUACUGCCCCAGGCCCGGGUAUAUACUGUACCUACAUACAUGUGCUGUACUGCCUCAAGCCCGGGUAUAUACUGUACCUACAUACACACACCGUACUGCCCCAGGCCCGGGUAUAUACUGUACCUACAUACAUGUGCUGUACUGCCUCAAGCCCGGGUAUAUACUGUACCUACAUACACACACCAUACUGCCCCAGGCCCGGGUAUAUACUGUACCUACAUACAUGUGCUGUACUGCCUCAAGCCCGGGUAUAUACUGUACCUACAUACACACACCAUACUGCCCCAGGCCCGGGUAUAUACUGUACCUACAUACACACACCGUACUGCCCCAGGCCGGGUAUAUACUGCACCUACACACACACCGUACUGCCCAGGCCCGGGUAUAUACUGUACCUACAUACACACACCGUACUGCCCCAGGCCGGGUAUAUACUGCACCUACACACACACCGUACUGCCCCAGGCCCGGGUAUAUACUGUACCUACAUACAUACACACACCGUACUGCCCCAGGCCUGGGUAUAUACUGUACCUACAUACACACACUGUACUGCCCCAGGCCGGGUAUAUACUGCACCUACACACACACCGUACUGCCCCAGGCCCGGGUAUAUACUGUACCUGCAUACACACACCGUACUGCCCCAGGCCCGGGUAUAUACUGUACCUACAUACACACACCGUACUGCCCCAGGCCCGGGUAUAUACUGUACCUACAUACACACACCGUACUGCCCCAGGCCGGGUAUAUACUGCACCUACACACACACCGUACUGCCCCAGGCCCGGGUAUAUACUGUACCUGCAUACACACACUGUACUGCCCCAGGCCCGGGUAUAUACUGUACCUACAUACACACACCGUACUGCCCCAGGCCCGGGUAUAUACUGUACCUACAUAAAUGCUUCACUGUCAGAGACCUGGGUAUAGCGCAUUGUGCCUUUUGCUCUUAAAUAUUAUGUACUGUUGCCCUGCACUGGUGUCUGGUGUGCAGACAUUCAAGCCUACGAAAAGGCUAUAUUUAGGGUAUAGUUUAGGGUUUCUGAAGCAAAAACACAACUUGUAGCAGUGCAGGGCAACAGUGCAUUAUAUUCUAAUUGCUUUGAUACAAUUUGAUGGGGGGGGGGGGGGUUUCUUAUGAAGUCCAUAUUGAGUCCCUUCUGUGGGAGCACUCAGUAUCCUGCAUGUAGUGACUGAAGCCUGUGGGACUGAAUGGGGAGAAGACUUUCACUCACUAACAAGGCAUGCACUCACACUCUCCUCUGUGCCAGAAGCUGCAGGUCCUAAUACAGUAGCCACAAAGGUCCCAGCUACCUUAGCUGCCCGUGGGUUGGGUAUAUCCCUGGUACCAUAGCUGCCCGUGGGUUGGGUAUAUCCCUGGUACCAUAGCUGCCUGUGGG